AUGAGUAAUAUACUGCUGCUUAUGGGGAAGCAGGUUAUUAAGAAUACUGAACAAUUAUUUCACACUCGAAUACGACAGAUCAGUAAUAACACCGUUAGAAUUUACUUAUCACGACUAUCACCAUCACUGCAAAUAAAAUUAUGUCAUUAUUUUUCAACUGAUAAUUCACGUGUACAACAAGUUUAUUCACCAACUUGUUUUGAUUGGAUAAGUCGUCGAACUGAUCAAGAAGAUUCUACUACUAAGAUAUCAAAAAGUAUACCAAGCAAAGACAAUUAUCAGUCAUUAUCCUUUCAACAACAUCAAUUUAUUGAAGAAAUGGUUGAAUUAAUAAAACAGGGGAAAUCGAUACUGGAUAAAAUGUUACAUACAACAAUGAUGACGAAUCAAUUAUCACCAGAAUUGAUUACAAUUAUUAUUGAUAAAUCAUUUGAAAAUUGUCCAUCAAUGCCUCAAACUUCUACUGGAAUAGAAAUUCCAUAUUUUAAAACGGCAAAUAAAAUCCAUUAUGAUAUACCUUAUUAUAAUUUUAUUAAUUCUCGAAUACCAAUAUUAUAUGAAUUGAUUAAAUCAAAUGAAAUUGAGGACAAGUUUAAUAAUUCAUCAAUUUUAUAUCCUUAUCGUAUAUGGUUAUAUUAUCAUAUGAAUGAUAUUGAACUGAUGAAAUUAUUAGAGAAAAAAAUUAAUCAAGAACAAUUGAAUGAAAAAACUGUGUUAUAUUAUUUAUCAACAUUUAUUAAUCGUUAUGAAAUCAUUGAAUUUAAAAAAAGAUUCCAUAAAUUAAUCAUUAAUACUCAAUUUAAUUUAUCUAAUUCAUUAAUUAAUAGUUUAACUCCACAAUUAAUUGGUCAUGAUUGUUUAUUUGAACAUUUAUUUUUCAUUUAUCAAUUAUGGAUGAAUUCACCAAAAUGUCAACCACCCCUGAUUAAAACUAUUAGUUUAUUAUUAUUAGAAUUUUAUCGAUUUGGAACUAGUCAUGAAUUAAAAGAAUUUAAAAGAUUAAUUAAAAAAUAUCAACAUCACCAUCACCACCACCACCACCACCACCAAGAGUACUACAAUCAUUAUUUGAUUCAAACAAUUGAUUAUCAAUAUGAAAUUAUUAAUCGAGAAUAUUUAAGUUUCACCAAAAAUAUAACUAAAGAAGAUUUACAAUUUAUUGAAUCAAUUGCACCAAAAGAUGUACACAACAAUAAUGGUGAUGAUGAAAAUGUUAUUGAAUUUUAUCAUCGUUGGUUAUAUUUUAUGAUUAGAUAUUCUAAAAGUAUGGAUAAUAUUAAUUUUAUCUUUAAAUUAUAUAAACGAUCAGUAGUCACCCCUGAAUCAACAAAGACAAUCAAUUUUUUUCCACCACGAUUUUUCAAAAUUUUAUUGGAUUAUUAUGUUAAACAUGAUCAAUUUAUUCCUAUGUUACAAUUAAUUGAAGCAUCAAAAACUUCUAUAGCUUAUGAUCCAUCAUAUUUAAUUUUAAUUGCGAAAACAUUUAUUUAUUCUUAUUCAAGAUUUGCUCCUCAAUUUAUAGAUCGAUUAAAUGGAUGGAUAGGUAAAUCAUCUUUCCAAUUGAAAAAAUCUUGGUCACCAUUUCAUCCUUAUCGUAUAUAUGAACCAUUGAAUCGAAUAAAAUAUAAUGAACCUCAAUGGGAAGAAUUUAGAUAUGAUAGGAGAUCCAAAGGGAAUAGAUAUAAUAAUAACAACAAUCAAGAUAAUGAACUGGGUUUACAAUUACAACAACAACAACAACAACAACAAAUUGAAUUUAGAGUGAAUCAAGGAUUUCAAAAUUUGAUUAAUCGAGGUAUAAGACCAGAUAUUAAUUUAUUAUUAGAAACAUUUAAAUUUACUACUAAUGAUUUAAAUUAUCGAUUACAAAUUAAAAGUUUAAUGAUGGAAACUCGUCAAUAUAAUCAUAAAAAUUCCAAAUUUAUGGAAUUAAUUUCAUUAAAUCAUCCAAGUUUACAACAAGAAGAUUUAUUAAGAUAUUAUAUUACUAAUAAUAAUAAUCAAUUAAAUGAUUCUCAUAAAUUUUUAUUUAUUAAAAUGUUAAUUGAUUAUCAAUUAUAUGAAGAAGCACAAAAUUUAAUUGAUUCAAUUGAUGGUAAUGACACAGGUACAAUCAACAACAACAACAACAACAACAACAACAACAACAACAACAAUGAAUCAAAUUUACUUGAUAAAUAUAAAAUGCUUAAAUUAAUAUUACAAUUGAAAAUUUAUGUAUUAACUGAUCAAUUUGAAUUAAUUAUUAAUUCAUUAAAUAAAUUUGCUAUUCAUGAAAAACAAAUUUAUUUAACACCAUAUUUAUUAGAUCAAACUUUAUUAAUUGAAAAUAUGUUAUUUAAAAAUUUACAAUCAAUACAAAAACAAACCACUUUCAUCAAAAAUAAUUCUUUAAAUGAAUAUGAUCAACAAGUAUUAUUAAGUGAAGGUAAAAAAUCUUUAAUGAAAUUACGUCAUUUUAUUGGUGAUGUUAAAUUAAUGUUGGAAAAUGAUGAAAAUGAAAUUAUGGAAUUAAUUGAUAAAACAAUUUAUAUAUUAAAUCAAUGGAAAGAUAAUACUACUACUACUACUACCCCCCAUUGA